AAAAGAUAUUGAGUUGUCAUUGUGAUUGGUAUGUAAUCUGCAUUUUUUGUUUUCCUUAUCUAUAAAAUGAAUACUAAGCCUAUGUGUCUCAUUAUUCCCUGAUAUAUUAUUUUGAAAAUUGGAUAUUGGGCUAGGGUUCUUUGAUCCUUUGGUUGCUAACAUCUUUGUAUUUCUCAGUUUGUAGAAGGGUCAUCUGGUUUUGUGGAGUGAAUUGAUUGAUUUCAAUUCAAUGGUUCUUACAGCAGAAUCUCGGAUCAAAGAGGGAAAGGAGGACACCAAUGUAGGACCUCCAAAUAUCCCCCGUCAUCCAGAGGUUCUUGCUAGAUGGGAUCCAGCUAAAGCGCGGAGGCCAGACAUUGCUGAAGCGCCAGUAUUCUACCCUUCAUUAGAGGAGUUUGAAGAUACAGUUGCUUACAUAGAAAAAAUACGUCCCUCGGCUGAACCAUAUGGUAUUUGCCGUAUCGUACCACCCUUGAAAUGGUCUCCUCCUUUUCGGCUUAGAGAGAAAAGUAUAUGGGAGGGUAUAAAGUUCCCCACCCGGGUUCAGGACGUGGAGCUGCUUCAGAACAGAGGGCCUGUGAAGCAGAAGCAGAAGAAGAAACCUAAGGCAAGAAAACGGAAACGAAGUUCCUCCUCCAAGAGACAACCUAGCUCAGUUUCAUCUCCCGAGGAAGAAAAGGUAUUUGGUUUCAACUCUGGCCCAGACUUCACUCUUGAGGAGUUUGAGAAGUACGCUCGGCGUUUCAAGGAAUCCUAUUUCGAAAUGAAAGAAGGAAAUGCUGGCGAUACGAAAUGGUCUCCCUCCAUCGAGGAAAUCGAAGGAGAGUAUUGGCGGAUAGUCGAGCACGCAGCGGCGGAUGACGACGUGGAGGUAUAUUAUGGAGCUGACUUAGAGAACAAGGUUCUUGGAAGUGGAUUUGAGAGAGGAGAAACUUCUGGUUGGGACCUUAACAACUUGCGUCGUCUCUCGGGCUCUUUGCUGUCAUUCGAGCGUGGAGACAUCUCGGGCGUUCUCGUGCCAUGGGUCUAUGUUGGGAUGUGUUUUUCAACCUUUUGCUGGCAUGUGGAGGACCAUCACUUAUACUCAAUAAACUAUAAUCACUUUGGCGAGCCAAAAGUGUGGUACGGAGUUCCUGGAACCCAUGCAACGUCACUAGAGAAGGCCAUGAGGAAACAUUUACCAGAUCUUUUCGAGGAAACACCUGAUCUACUCCAUGGACUCGUCACUCAGUUCUCACCAUCCAUUUUGAAAGAGGAGGGAGUCCCGGUUUAUCGCGCGGUUCAGCGUGCAGGGGAGUAUGUUCUCACAUUCCCUAGGGCGUAUCACGCCGGUUUCAACUCCGGUUUCAACUGUGCAGAAGCUGUGAACGUCGCUACCGUUGACUGGUUAUCUCACGGACAGAAUGCUGUGGAGUUAUUGAGUGAUGAGAACAAGAAAACGUCUGUGUCUCAUGACAAGCUUCUCCUUGGAGCAGCUUACGAAGCUGUUAGGUCCUUGUCAGGUGAUGGGGGAGAGAGUGGGAAGAGCUUAGAAUGGAGAUGCUUCUGCGACAAGAACAUGACUCUUACUAAGGCGGUGGAGACUCGGUUACGUAUGGAAGAAGCAAGGAUCGAUGCUCUUGGAGGCGGUUUUAGAUUGAUGAAGAUGGAGAAGUACUUUGAUUCGAACUGCGAAAGGGAAUGCGCUAAGUGCUCUUACGACUUGCAUCUCACGGCAUCUGGCUGCAGCAAAUGCUCUCCUGGGGAGUAUGCUUGCACUAAGCACGCUAACGAGCUUUGUUCAUGCGAAGGGAAUGAUCGGUUCGUACUUCUUCGUCACACCGUAGAUGAGCUGAGAUCGUUGGUUAGAGCGUUGGAAGGGGAACCAGAGCAUCUUAAGACUUGGGCUUCCAUGGUUAGAGAAGUUUUUUCAGAGGCUCAGAAGAGAGAACCUAGAGGUUUUGAUCUGAACCUUGAGUAUCAAGUGGAUGGCGAGUUUGAUGAUACUUCAGAGACACGCCAUGAUGAAGCAGAGGAUCUAAAAACUUGGGCUAAAGAACCUAGAGAUUUUGAUCUGAACCUUGAGUAUCAAGUGGAUGACGAGUUUGAUAAUACUUCAGACGCACGCCAUGAUGCAUACAUGUUGAACUUUGCUGCCUCUGUGGAGACUAUAAACCUAGGGUUCUUGGUUUUCCGAGACCUUUGGUGUAACAAGCAUGCGAUAUAUCCAAAAGGGUUCAAGAGUAGGGUUAAGUUCUACAACGUGAAAGAUCCAAUGAGAAUGAGCUAUUACAUAUCUGAGGUUGUAGAUGUAGGACUUUUGGGUCCAUUCUUCACGGUUACUCUGGAGGAAGCUCAUCAAGACGAGAGCUUCUCUGCUGGCUCAGCUCAGGCAUGCUGGGAAAUGGUGUUGCAGAAAGUUAACGAAGAGAUCAAGAAGCGCCAAGAACGUAAUAUUCAUACUUUGGAAAGCAUCAACGGGUUACAAAUGUUUGGUUUUCUCUCCCCGUCUAUAAUUCAGGCCAUUGAGGCUCUUGAUCCGAACCAUCGCCUAGUGGAGUACUGGAACCUUAGGAAACAGGGAGGUUCGUUGGAAGUGUGACUUGAAGAAGAGAUAAAGAUCACCUACCGUUUCUUGUUUUAUUGAUAACUGUUUGUUGUUGGCUUAAUGACUUUUUUUUAGACUUCAAUUAUUUGCUCUGAUCAAGCUUCUGAUGAACCAAAGUCUAACUUUGGUUUUAGAACUUUGAAGCGUUUUCUCUUUGGAGAUCUGAUCAUUGUGAAACUCUGUUUUUGUGGAUCUUUUUUUUCUUU